AUGGCUGACCCCGCCGAUGACUCGUUGACGGAGGAUAUUUGGGCCUCGCCUACGACCACAAAACCUACCCAGUCUCAACCCCUAGAAAGGCCCAAAACACCAAAGACGCCAACGAGGCCGGCCUCGCCCACGUAUGACCAUGAGGCUGCGCUGCGCAAGGAGCUCGAGGGAGUUAGGGGCGUGAAUCAUGCAAUCGAGGGUCUCAUUGGAACCCUUGAACGGGCCAAGGGCAACAUGAAUACUGUAUCCGGUACCGUGUCUAACGCAUCCGCUCUCCUCAACACCUGGACCCGAAUCCUAUCCCAAACCGAACACAACCAACGCUUAAUCCUAGACCCGAACUGGAAAGGCUCAUCACAAGACCUCCUCGAUAUCGAGGCCGAGGCGAUACAAAAACAGCAAGCCGCCGAGCGCAGAGCUGCCGAAGAAGAGAGGAGACGCGAGGAAGCGCGGCGGCGCGCAGAGGAAGAGGAGCGGAAGAGGCUGGCUGGCGCUACCGGCGCGCCUCGGGCGACCCGCGGACACGCGAGGCGCGGGCAGCAGUAG